AAUUUCGAACUUUGUUUUACUCGGCAUGAUUUGAGUGCGGUUCCCGAGGAUUUAUAGUUGUUAUCACGCGAGAUGAGUUGUUGGCGAACUUUUGCUUUCUGAUACUCCCAGUUGUAUCGUCUCAAACGCUGCGAUGAUUUCUUGAACAUCUAUCUGCAUGGGAUUCUCCAAGUCUUGCCCAAACAUUCUAUGGUCAUUUUUUUCAGGAGAAUUUGCAAGGUUUUCUUGAAAAACUGUCUGUAUUGUAACUUGGAUUUUGUUCUUGGAGGAUACCAGAAAUUUUUGUGCUAGUGUGUGCCUACUGUAAACUGUUACUCUAAUUCCCCUUAUUUGUUGUUUAAGCAAUUAAGAUUUAAAAGACGCUGCAGUUUUAAACAUCUUGGAUUCAUAUUUUGGCAUAUUUAUUGAUCCCACGCUAAGUGGUGACAGUUAAAAGCAAGAUUGCUGAUCAACAAGAUCUUUUUGUUCACCAGUUCUCGGAUUGGAUUAUUUUGAUCGUGUGCCAAGGAUAGAAACGUGUGCUUUGUCUUUUUGUGACGCCAUCCUUCAUUGAGCAGUUUACCUUCCAAAGCUUCUUCAAGGACGAAUAUUUAGAAAAGAGCAAUAAUGUUGAUAUCGGGGCAACCAGUCGGGCCGACUUUCAAAGCGACAGCCCCUAACGCUGUGUGGUCGCCAAGCACAAAACGGGCAAAUCUUCGACUAAACUGCAAUCUACAGCCCCAGAACGAAAUGCCAGCGCAGAUUCAGCCUGAGUCGCCACCCAAAGCCACAAAUACCAAAGAAAGUAAGACAGAAGAUGAGAAGAGUCCAGUAUGGCAGCCAUUCGGGGCACCUUACGAAGGACCGCCGCAAUUCCGACCAGUGAAGUUGGGACUCUCUCAGACCAAGACGACCACUACUACCACCACACUCUCUCAUAACGAAGUAUCAAAAGAUAAAGAAACCGAACCCACAGAAGUCACCAAACCCGAAUCUCCUAGUCCAUCCUGUACAGAAAAGGAAAGAACGACAUCUCCUACUGCUGGAAAACCCUUAUCUGACAGUCCACUUGAACCACCGUCUACCAGCACUGCCCCAACAAUUUUUACUAAGACGGGUUGGGGUAGCCACUUGCCUCCAUCCCAGAGUCCAACCAUAACUCUUUUACAAAAAGCUAGAGAAGGCAAAAUAACUAAAGGUGCUGUACAUAUAGAGGAAAAACCAGAAUCAACCCCUAUUCCAAGGAAUGCUGUUCUCAUUGACCAGAAGGUGACUGUGGAGGGUGAUAAGGUUCAUACCGAUAGCUAUUACGCUGUACCCACUUUGACCACAGAGAGCACGACGCACAAUAUAAAAGCACCUCCAAAGUACGAUGGCAUUGGACCGACUGAGUAUGGAAUUCCUGUUGGACUCAGAACAGGAGUAAAAGAAGAAUAUGCCAGUGAUUGGUAUAAAACAAUGUACAAGUCUUUGCAUCGAUCCAGAUUCCCAAAUGAGCCUACUAAAACUGUGCACCUUGGUGGAUACAUGUCCGAACCUGAAUAUGAAAGGAAAGAUAAAAUAAAAUCGAAGUAUGCAACAGACUACAGACGUAAGCCUGAGAAGUCAGUGUCUUAUACAACGGACACAUCCUCCGAUUUGUCACGGAUCAAUGCCGAUUCUAAUGUUGUACGUCAUGAUACCAAAGAAGUGUACAGGGUGGAACCCCGAAGCAUCGCCGAAUACGAACCCGGGAAAUCCUCACUUGCUGAAAAAGAAUUUCAGAAAUUUUGGAGCGAUUUUUGGGAUUCCAUGGAUGAUCUGCAUGAGCAUCUUGGAAGUAGUCCAAGAAGUCCGAGGCCUCAACAGGGUCUCAAUCGAAGGUGGCCGAAUGUUCUUCUUAGUGAUGGCUACGAUUCAGAUUCGACUCUGAUUCGGAAAACGGGUCGAAUACCGGAAGUAGAUCCAGAUCAGCAGAAAGCUUGGUACAAAGAAAUUCAAAAAGGUGGCGAAAUUCCCCUCACGGGACUUCGAAAAUCUGCACCAGAAAGGCCUGCAGCUCCCACACACAAGUACGAAGAAACGGAAGUUAACAUUCAUUAUCGAAGUCCUGUACGACACCUGGAAAAAGAAUAUAUUGAUGAAGAAGAACUGAGGAAAAUACAGGAAGAUGCGAUGCGGAAGUUGUACGAAGAAGAAAGACGUAAAAAACACCAACAAGAGCUGGCAGAAAUCGAAAUGAGAAGGCACAGCGAUUUCUUUACACCAUCACAGAAGUCUCCGAUUCCGUUGAAUAGAUAUGAUAAUCCUUUCGAAUCCAAUUACCACAAUUUGGCGCCACACGGGUUCUCGAGGGGACCGCCUCCUAAAACCAUGGCAAGAGCUUUAUAUCCAUUUACAGCUCAAACAACCAGGGAGCUUAGUUUAAAUAAAGGCGACAUUGUAUACAUCACCAAACAAGUCGACAAGAACUGGUAUGAAGGAGAACAUCACGGUCUUGUGGGUAUUUUCCCAGUCACCUAUGUUGAGAUCAUCCCCAAUGAGAAGGCUAAUCUGCAACCUCGCAAAGCUGUGGAAGGAGAAGCACUAGUCAAAUAUAAUUUCAGAGCGCAAACGCCUCAAGAACUAUCACUUUUCAAGGGUGAAAAAGUUGUUUUGAUAAGGAGGUUAGACCACAACUGGUUCGAAGGUCGACUAGGUGCAAAGAAAGGUAUUUUUCCGAUUUCCUAUGUGGAAGUUUUACAAGAACCAGGAGAAUUUUCCGGUACACGUACAGCCUCACCAAAACCACCAGCAAGUCCUGUGUUCAGCUCUCUCAUCAGUGGAUCACCUCCAAAAACACACGAGGGACCGACUUUCAACACGGGUUUGAGGCCGCUUCAAAGUAAGCCUCCGCUUCAGUUGGAAAAAUCCGAGGCCAGAUCACCACUCACACAAUCAUUGCAUAUCGAUACCUACAAUGAACCAAUCCCAUACCGAGCCUUAUAUGCCUACAAACCUCAGAACGAUGACGAGCUGGAAUUGAAAGAGGGCGACACGGUGUACGUGAUGGAGAAGUGUGACGACGGUUGGUAUGUGGGAACUUCUCUCAGAACAGGCCUCUUCGGAACCUUCCCGGGAAAUUAUGUCGAGAGGAUUUAAUCCUCGAAGCAGAAAUGAAGUUUCGAAAGAUUCUUGAUCUUUGUGUCUAGUCUUGCGUCGAACAACGUUCUAGCUUUCUUCAAAGUGGAUUGGAAAAAAGUGCUCUUGCCAAUCAAAGAAAAAAAAAAAAAACUUGUACAGACAUUCUUAAAACAGUGCUUCAUUUUUUCAUUUGAAACAAAACAUUUUAUAAAGAUAAGCAAUUUAUGUAUGAAUCAUACAUUGAAAAAUAUUUAAUCAUAUAUAGAAACUUUUCGAGAUAUAUUUAUCCUAUAGAUUUGGAAUUAUAUAAAUGUUACAUGAAAAUAAAUUUUUGCUGGAGUGA